GCUCUCUCUCUCUGUCCCCGCGCCAAGCGGAGGCUCCGCCGCAGCGAGUCCCGGGCGGCGGCCAGAGCCUUCAAGGCCCGUCAAGCGGGACAGGUGUCGAUGAGUCUCGGCUUUGUUCCUAGAACUGGAGUGAAGCGGCUUCUGGACUUGGCGCCGCAGCCAAGCAGGAGACGCCCGGAGCUACCGCAGCGUGGUGGUCUACAAGCCCCGAGCCGGAGGAGGACGCGGGCGCGCUCCGGGAUCCCGCAUUCUCAGGCUUGCGCCCGGCGCCCCCAUCUGGCCGCCCCCGGCCCCAUGAAGACCCCCAGUCCGAGAGUGAGCGCCUGGAGCGAGCUGGACCGGGACCUCGCCGCGGCCUCGGAGCGGUAGGCAGGAUGCGGGUGGGCCGCCGGGCCCUGUGUGUGCUGGUGCCGCUGCUCGCCUGCGCCUCACUAGGGCUGUUGUACGCCAGCACGCGGGACACGCGUGGCCUCCACGCGCCUCUUACACGGUGGGCGCCCCUGCAGGGCCCGGCCGCCAGGUUGGAGCUGCCUGACCUUGCCCCUGAGCCCCGCUAUGCACACAUCCCUGUCAGGAUCAAGGAGCAAGUAGUGGGGCUACUGACUCCCAAGAACUGUAGUUGUGAAUCCACUGGGGGAAGCCUCCACUUCCCCUUCCAGAGGCACGUUCAAGCCACUGAUUUCACCAAGGCCUUUGGCCCUGAUGAGCUGAGAGCUGCCUUGGCCUCCAGGGAACGGGAGUUCCAGGCAUUCCUUUCAAGGAGCCAGGCUGCUGCUGAUCAGCUGCUCAUCGCCCCUGCCAACUCACCCCUGCAGUACCCCCUGCAGGGUGUAGAGGUUCAGCCCCUCAGGAGCAUCCUGGUGCCAGGACUGAGUUUGCAAGCUGCUGCUGGUCAGGAUAUAUACCAGGUCAAUCUAUCUGCCUCCUUGGGUACCUGGGACGUGGCAGGGGAAGUGACUGGAGUGACACUCACUGGUGAGGGGCAGCCAGAUCUCACCCUCACCAGUUCGGGGCUGGACCAACUCAAUCGGCAGUUGCAGCUGGUCACUUACAGCAGCAGAAGCCACCAGGCAAACACAGCAGAUGCAGUCCGGUUUUCCACAGAGGGACAUGAAGCUAUCUUCACCAUCCGAAUACGACACCCACCCAACCCUCGGCUAUACCCAACUGAGUCUCUACCUGAGGGAGACCAGUACAACAUCAGUGCUCUGCUCACCAUUGCCACAAAGACCUUCCUCCGUUACAACCGCCUACGAACACUCAUCUCCAGCAUCCGUCGCUUCUACCCGACGGUCACCGUGAUCAUCGCAGAUGACAGCGACAAGCCUGAGAGCAUCAGCGGCCCCUACAUAGAGCACUAUCUCAUGCCUUUCGGCAAGGGCUGGUUCGCAGGCCGGAACCUAGCCGUGUCCCAAGUGACCACCAAGUACGUGUUGUGGGUGGACGACGACUUCGUCUUCACGGCGCGGACGCGACUGGAGAGGCUCGUGGACGUGCUGGAGCGCACCUCCCUGGACCUGGUGGGCGGCGCGGUGCGCGAGAUCUCGGGCUAUGCCACCACCUACCGGCAGCAGCUGAGCGUGGAGCCCGGCGCGCCGGGCAGCGGGAACUGCUUCCGCCAGAAGCGCGGCUUCCACCACGAGCUCGCCGGCUUCCCGGGCUGCGUGGUCACCGACGGCGUGGUCAACUUCUUCCUGGCGCGCACCGACAAGGUGCGGGAGGUCGGCUUUGACCCGCGGCUCAACCGCGUGGCGCAUCUAGAAUUCUUCCUGGAUGGCCUUGGUUCCCUUCAGGUGGGCUCCUGCUCAGAUGUAGUUGUGGAUCAUGCAUCCAAGCUGAAGCUGCCUUGGACACCCAGAGAUGCUGGGGCAGAGACUUACGCCCAGUACCGCUACCCAGGAUCCAAGGAAGAAAGCCAGGUGGCCAGGUACCGCCUGCUCUUCUUCAAACACCGGCUGCAGUGCAUGACCACAGAGUGAUGGCGUGCUGGCUGCUCAGAGCCUUCCACUGUCAGGCUGGGCCUGCCUCCUGGAUCCUGCCAGGAACUUCUAGCAAACCCCCCCACACACUGACAGUCUCCUAUCACCCCACCCCCUUCAAGUUCCCAUCCCAAAUAGGGACUUGUCCUGGUGACACUCCUCCUUUCUGGGGGUGCCCAGGAGUGUGAUGGAGCCAUAACUGGUUCCACAGCCAGUGCCAAGUUCUUCCAGAUCCUUUUCUUAGGGGACAGGAAGUGUGUGUUGGGGGGCCCCUUUUCCAAGUGCCAAAGAGCCCAGGGGACUCUUAAGAACAUAACGUGGAAAUUCCCUCAUUUCCUGGUGACUGAGGGGGUGGGGAGCCCCCAUCUACCUAGUCUGGAUCCAGAACUCUGUGCACAGACUCCAGCCCCACCCCCCAUGAUGAGAACUGGUGACUUUGAAGCCGGAGUGGUGGCUGUGAACACACAGGUGAAAGCCA